UUGAAGACAGCGGCAGCUUCCGGGGCGUUUGUUCUGCAGCUGCCAUCAUGGUGCGGAAGCUGAAGUUCCACGAGCAGAAGCUGCUGAAGCAAGUGGAUUUCCUGAACUGGGAGGUCACCGACCACAACCUCCACGAACUACGCGUGCUGCGGCGCUACCGGUUGCAGCGGCGCGAGGACUACACGAAGUACAACCAGCUGAGUCGGGCGGUGCGCGAGCUGGCGCGGCGACUGCGCGAUCUGCCCGAGCGCGACCCGUUCCGUGUGCGCGCCUCCGCCGCGCUGCUAAACAAGCUCUAUGCUCUGGGCUUGGUGCCCACGCGCGGCUCACUGGAGCUCUGCGAUUUCGUUACGGCCUCGUCCUUCUGCCGCCGCCGCCUGCCCACGGUGCUUCUCAAGUUGCGCAUGGCGCAGCAUCUCCAGGCCGCUGUGGCCUUUGUGGAGCAGGGCCACGUGCGCGUGGGCCCGGACGUGGUGACCGACCCGGCCUUCCUUGUUACCCGCAGCAUGGAAGACUUUGUCACCUGGGUGGACUCAUCCAAGAUCAAGCGACACGUGCUGGAGUACAAUGAGGAGCGUGAUGACUUUGAUCUGGAUGCCUAGUGACUCUCCCUAUUGCUCCAGCUGUCUCUUCAUGUUGGGAAACGCCUGACUGGCGAUCAGAGAGUGCUCUAGACAAGUGUCCCAUAGUUGAGGAUUUUCAAGAACUUGCCGCAACUGCAGGUCACAAGCCGAGGUAUGAAGGGUCGCUCCUGUUCGCCAGGGAAUUUUCACAGAACUGACUACUUAGAAGAUAGGAAGCGGUUUUUUGCUCCCUGGAGAUUGUCAGCCUCCAGUACCAGAAGACAUUGCUGUGUAGAAGCAGGAACGUUACUCUUCCUGUUUCCAUUAUCAUCUUGUGGCAGGAACAGUUUCUUCAAUUUAUUUAAGUCGAAUACUUGCUUCUGAUCGUAAGCCGUGAUGGAUGGACAGUUUGGGCCCAAGUUGCCAUUAAAGUGGAUGAAACGUUCGUGGUAAGGGUUCCUCCCGUAUUUAAAGGAACGCUUUCCUGAUACAAAUAAAUGGCCCACCCGCUUUGUAAAUGUA